CAACAUCCGGCAAACGUCAUCGUGCUGAUUUUGUGUUAUUUUAAGGAUGUUUAGGACUGCGCACAUGAAGACUUGCCUAAAUCAGCUCAGACUGGUGUUGAUGCUCAGAGACACUCGUAUCCGGCAUGAACGGACGAUCUGCAGCCGUGCUUCUUUGAGACGAGAUGAUGUGCAGCGGUGGGAACAACACAGGCUCUUCUGCUCCAGCACCGCUCUAACACCUCCUCACAUCCACUGCCCCGUUUCUAGACGAUUCUCUCUAGUUCUGGACUCCUGCAAACGUGUAUGUCCAAAGGCCACGAUACAGAUAUGCAUCAGCACUCAUUUUCUAUUAACACACAUGAAUUUUGGCUGUAUUAAGUGGGUACACAUACCAAAUACUGUCUUGCUGUUUUUACGCACCUCGCCCUCACGAAGCCUCACUAAUCGAAGGACAAAAGUGGAGGAAUGCCAGAGUUCUCCUGAAAGCGGUAUUAAAAGACAAACAUGCUACUACGCCUUAAAACGGGGCAUAAAUAGCACGAGCAGCUUCCGUUGGUUGUGUAGCAUUGGUCCAGGCCUGUGGAAGAGUCAUUUUAAAGCUGUAGUGCAAACUCGCGGGCUGCACAGAAAUGCACAUCAGCGGACUGUGAUGGACGAGUGUUUGUCUGCAGGGAACGAGGCUCGCUGCAAGCGCUCGCUGCAAGCCAACGCUGCUCUGUACGCUCGGGAAGAGAAGAGCUGGGCCGCGGUGCUGGUGUGUCUGUGUGCCGUGAGCGGGGAUCCCGCGCUGCUCUUCACCCUCAGAUCCGCCAAACUGAAGGGCAGACACAAAGGAGAUGUCAGUUUCGCAGGGGGAAAGAAAGACCGGUCUGACAGAACUGUUGUAGACACGGCUCUCAGAGAAGCUUGUGAGGAGCUGGGAAUCUACAUCACUGAAGAUAAAGUGUGGGGUGUGCUGAAACCCCUGCGUGAUAUGGUGAGUUAUUAUACUCGUAUUAGAAAGAUGUGGACUUCGAAGGCCGUAAAGGUCAAACUGAGCAUUGUUAAAUGGGACGAUCAAGCCUAUGGAGGAUUGCACACGUUUGAUGAGUCUCAGUCACACGUCACUAAACAGCGCUGUGAGAUCCAGUGUGAAGCGCCUGAAUUCAGCGAAGAACUCAAAUGA